AUGUCAAAUAUUGGAUAUGGAAAAAAGUCACUCGAUUCUUCGAACACAUCUACUUACUCCAUAGGUAGUUCAUUUAAAUCGAUCAAGUCUAAAACUUCGGAAUUGUUCAAGAAAUAUGCUAAAAAUGAUCAGAAGGAAUGCCCAAAGCAGUCUAAAACUUCGGAAUUGUUCAAGAAAUAUGCUAAAAAUGAUCAGAAGGAAUGCCCAAAGCAGUCUAAAACUUCGGAAUUGUUCAAGAAAUCUGCUAACAAUCACAAGGAACGCCCAAAGCAGCCUAAAAUAAACAUGCUUGUGGUAACUGAGUAUUUGGCACUUCGUUAA